CUCGUUACUUCAUUCUGCUUCGGUAGGUGGUCCCUCUUUGCUCUGUAUCCCACCCAAGGAAUUUUGGUUUGGUUUUAUUUAUAUUAAUACAUUGUUCCUCCACUCGGUUUUGGGUUGGAAUUCUAGUAUUGACCCAGGUUUAUCUAGUUCUAGAUUUGAUAAGAAUUUGUAUGGAACUGACUUGGUGCAAUCUUAUCCUUAAGCAUGAGAUCACCCAUGAAGAUGGAUUAAUGGCUCUCUGUUUAGGAAAUAGAUUAACUUGUUUCAUAUCAUACACAAAUUGAAAAGGAUAUAAGAUGGCAAUGAUUUCUAGGGUUUUAAAUGCCCAAAAUUGCUAUUCUAUAUUUGAAGAAUGUAGUAGAAUGCUUUUAAUAAUGUCAGUGAUAAGUUUUGGUGUUCUAGUGGCUUCAUAUGAGGAGAUUGAUAUUAACUGGAUUGGUUUGGUUUACCAAAUGGGAGGUGUUGUUGGGAAAGCUUUGAGGCUUAUAUUCAUGGAGAUUUUUGUUAAAAGGAAGGGUCUCAAACUAAACCCUAUUUCUGUCAUGUACUGCGUUAGUCCCUGCAGUGCUCUUUGCUUGUUCAUUCUGUGGAUUUUUCUAAAGAAGCCAAAGAUGGAUACCCAAGGGACAUGGAGCUUUCAACCUGUUAUCCUAACACUCAAUUCUCUCUGUACUUUUGCACUCAAUCUAUCAGUUUUUCUUGUGAUCUCACAUACAAGUGCUUUAACAAUUCGUGUUGCUGGAGUUGUCAAGGAUUGGGUGGUUAUCUUACUAUCAGCCAUUCUGUUUGCUGAUACAAUGCUGACAAUGAUAAAUCUGUUUGGUUAUGGCAUUGCCAUUGCAGGUGUAGCUGCAUAUAACAACCACAAGUUGAAAAAGGAAGCUUCUCAAGGCUCCUCUGAUGAGUCUCAACAUGCUAAAUCUACGCCAUUAACUUCAUCUUCAACUAUUGAAAGUAGAUAAAUAGAGAGCGGUCUCAUAGUUUAGU